AUGGAAAACAUAUUUGAAGUUCUUAAAACACAAGUAUCACUGGAGAAGACACUUAAUCAGAGGUUGGAUGAGUUUGAAGCGAGACUAGAGGGGUCAUCAAAGGACUUAAGCCUGAAGGACCUAAGUUCUGACUACAUCAACUUCAAGAAUUUUGUCUAUUCAACAUUUACAUUACUGCGGCAGCAAAUUAACCAUCUAAUUGUUAAUGUGAAUGCCAUUGAAAGUAGACACAGAAAGAAGUUUCUGCUGCUGGGAGGAGUGGUCGAGAAUACCAAUGAGAAUGUCCGCGAAUUGGUAGCUUCAGUCAUCACGAAGAAUCUUGGUAUCAAAAAUUGUUCUAGUCAGUCGCUGCAGGAUGAUGAUGACGAUCAUGAUGAUGAUGACGAUGAUGAUGAUGAUGACGAUGAUGACGUUGAUGACGAUGAUGAUGAUGAUGACGGUGACGAUGAUGAUGACGAUGAUGAUGAUGAUGACAAUGAUGAUGACAAUUACGAUGAUGAUGACGAUUAUGAUGAUGAUGACGACGAUUACGAUGACGAUGACUAUGACAAUGACGGUGACGAUGAUGAUGACGAUGAUGAUGUUGAUGACUAUGAUGAUGAUGAUGACGAUGACAAUGACUAUGACGACGAUGACGAUGACUAUGGCGAUGACGGUGACGAUGAUGAUGACGAUGGUGGUAAUGAUGAUGAUGACGAUGAUGAUGACAAUUAG